CAGCCAGGCGCCUGUUUCGCCAGCCUGGAGCGCACCUAGCUCUGCUCUUCUGAAAUCGCAGGGGACAAGGGACGGUGACUGGUGACUCGGUAGGCUUCCAGAGUUCCCGUCUCGCAGCUCUUGCCCUGGCCCCCGGCCCGCGCCCCGGCCGACCGCAUGGUGCUGCUGGCGGGGCCCGGGCCGGAGGGCGGCGGGGCGCGCUGCGUGUCUCCGCAGCCUCCGUCCCCACCUCGGGAAACCAGGGCCAGGGAAGACCCCACCGACUAUGAGGAGUACGAGGACUUCUCGCAUCUGCCCGACACCCGCAGCAUCACCUCGGACGACUCCUUCUACCCUACCCUAAGCGAGGAAGAGUACAGCGACGGGAGCGCGGAGAGUAUCCCGGAGGGAGUCCCAGAGGGCGUCCCGGAGGCGGCGACCCUCCUGAGCGCCGCCUGCGCCAACGACGUGGGGCUACUGAAGGCACUGGUGCGGCGGGGACCGCGCGUUGAGGAGGUGCAGGAGACAGAUCCUAAUGGCCGGACCGGCCUUAUUGUCGCCUGCUACCACGGCUUUGUGGAUACUGUGGUGGUCUUAGCAGAGUGUCCCCACAUUGACGUCAACUGGCAGGACAACGAGGGGAACACGGCCCUGAUCACAGCUGCCCAAGCAGGGCAUGCCAUCAUCACCAACUACUUGCUGAACUACUUCCCUGGUCUUGACCUUGAAAGGAGGAACGUGUUUGGGUUCACGGCCCUGAUGAAAGCUGCCAUGCAGGGCCGAACAGAGUGCAUCCGAGCCCUGAUGCUAGCAGGGGCAGACGUCCACGCCAGGGACCCCCGCCGCGGGAUGUCGCCGCAGGAGUGGGCCACCUACACGGGGCGGAUGGAAGCGGUGCGCCUCAUCCAGAGGCUGCUGGAGCGACCCUUCCCGGAGCAGUUUGGGGACAGGUACAAACCAGAGCUGCCGCUGCCCCUCGAGGGGGCUUCGAAGUCUGCAGACUCCAAAAACUGCUUGCAGAGGUUCACCAAGUUUGUGCGGUCCACGCUGACCCACCGCUCACGCCAGGGCCUGGAGGAUGGAGGGGUCCUGGACCACAUGGUCAAGAUGACCACGAGUCUCUACAGUCCUGCUGUGGCCAUCGCCUGCCAGACCGUGUGCCCCGAGAACCCCCCCUGUGUGGGAAAAAGGCGGCUGGCAGUGCAGGAAAUCCUGGAGGCUCCUGGGGCCCUGGGCACAUCUGCCCAGGAGAGGGACAAGGCGGAGGGCACUGAGGAGCGAAUCCAGACCUCCCACGCUGGGGGCGUCUCCAGAGAGGGGGCCCAAAGAGCCAGCCUCCCCUCUCUGCAGCAGCCAGAUGCCCCACCGAAGGCCAGUCUCCUGCCCCUACAGCUGCUCAGGAGGAGCAGCAUGCGGCCGGGCGUGGUCAUCCCCAGGGUGCGCAUCACCAAGGCACCAGCGCCCACCUUCCAGCCCGAGCGGGUGCCUGCGAAGGGCAGCACCAAGGACAGCUCCCACCUGCAGCUCCCCAAGUGGAGGUACAAGGAGGCCAAAGAGGAAAGGAAGAAGGCGGAAGAGGCGGAGAAGCAGCGGGUGGCAGCAGCGGAGAAGGAAAGAAGGGUGGUGCCUUGGAGGAAAAGGACGUGAGGGGAGCUGGGUCUGGAUGCCGCGCUACCCAGGGUCCCCAGAGGAGGCUGUGGGGAGUCUGCGUGGCUCAGUGCCAGCAAAGGUGCGCCUCCCGCCCACCCUCGCUGCUCAGGGCCUUCCGGGGCAGUAUCCUCUGUGGGGCCAGAAAGCUGUCCGUGUUUGUUCAGCCUGCAUCCAAGAGUGAGGUGGGCAUAGCACAGACUGCUUUGCCUAAAACCAGUUCCCCUAGCAUUCGAUACACUUAGUGGGCAGUUUGCCUAAGUCUGCGUUUAGAACCUCAAGAAAAAAUUUUAAAAGCAAUUUAUCAAAGGGCAUUUUCUGUAUAAUUUUGUAUUUUAAAUCAUGAUACAAUUUGCAACAUUUUACUGGUGGUGGGACUGUUUGUAUUUAAAACAGUUUUAAUGCAUUUUUUUCUGAAGAGCGUUUGUUUGAAAUACUGUCUCUAGCAAUAAUCAUUUGUGAUAGCACUAUGAUUUCAUAUGGAACUUGUGAAAUUCUCCCCCAUUUUGCUCUUUGUUUUUGAUCUUGCCUUACCUUUUCAUUCUGGGUAUGCACAACCCUGUGUGUUCUUGCUGAUUUCACUAAGUGAUGCCAAAUAUUUGUUUCUAUUUGGUGGCAGCAUUUUCACAGCAAAAUGAUCAAGUGAGACAGGAAUCAGAUUGCCUUGUAUCUUAUUUUUCAAGCUCUCUUAUUUAUACACUAAUAAUAAUGAAGAAAUACCUAUUGCCAAAGCAUGAAAUGGUGCAUAGAGCAACGUAUUUAUUGCUAGAACUAAACUCAUUUGAAGCACGGGAUUUCAGAUAAGCUGGAUACUACAUCUUUACCGUAUUCAAAAACAGAUAUAAGAGGGAAAACGUCCUAACCAAACAGGGGCAACUCUAAUAAAUUAUUAUUAGAAAUACAAAAUCAAGUCAUGUGCUCUUUGAUAAAUUGAAUUCAGAUGUUGUUAGAAUAGGAGACCGUGCAAAAGGAAGAAGGGGCCCGGAGUGGAAACUGCUGACGCGGAGGGCAGGAGGGCAGGAGGGCAGGAGGGCAGUAGCCUCUGGGAGAGCAGGGGUGAGAGCUGACUCUGAGCAGGCGAGUUCCAGCCAAACUCUCCUCCGGUGGGCCGGGUGGCUCCCUCCUCCAGACGCAGUUCCAAAGGUUCGCCGUGUGAACUUUCCUUUUUCCUUUGAUACCUGUCCCGAGGUUCAGUUUAUCCUCACGCUGACUCUGUAGGGUUUCCAAGCUGCGGGGACUUUGGCAGAGCACACACGUGAUUUGCUCUGGGCCCCAAGCUCUCAGUGGGAGUUUCCUGUCCAUGCUAGUUUUUCCCAAAUCUGUAAAGCACUGAAAACUUCUACUGGCCAUGUGGGUUGUAGAAUAUGUCACAUAUGCACUACUGACAGCACUUUAUUUAAAUAGUAUCCUGCUUGGGAGCUCAAGAUUUAAAAUACUACAGACAGAUUUAGAAGGCCUUUUUAAUAAUCCUGGAUUCGCAGGUCAAACUGUGCUCCCUGCUACUUUGGGGCCAAUGCUCAGCUGUCUCGUGCUGCGAGUGGGAGUGGCACUGACCUCUCUCUGUCCCCUCCCAGCCAGCACCAUCGGGCAAUGAGCCAUUAGGGAUCUCAUACUUACCUCCCCAAACCCUUAAUAUUGCAUACUACACCUGAACUGAUGGGGAAUAGUUGUGGUGAUAAUUCAGCUUUUGAACCCAGACUGUAGUGAGUUCCUUCCUCAUCCCAGAAAGGCACAAGAAGAAUGGCUCAGAGGUCUGGACCCCCUUUAAGCAUCACUGGUAGUAGUUGGCUGCAGGGGACCCUGGUGGCUAAGAGUUGGAUUGGCCAAGUCCCCUUGGAUGAGAUGAUGAGAUGAGGGCUGGUCCCCAAUGUGAAAGCAUCUGCAGUCUCCCUGCUGGUCCUAUCUGGCGUUUUGUUUAAGACCAUAUUUUUGUGUUUCUGUAUUUUUGUUGCUUUGGAUGGCUAGCUGCCUUGUCUCAGUGUCAUCACCAGCCCCUGUCCUCCAGUGUCAGGGCCAGGGGCACUGAUGGGCCCCCCUCUGAUUUUCAUGUGUUUUCCUGGCUUUGUCACAUGUUUUCUCUGCCACCCACUCUGCCUCCUCUUUUUGUCCUCACUGGCCUUUUCUUCCUCUGCCCAUUUUCUUCAGAUUUGGCUAAGUGCCUAGCUCAUCCCUAGCCCUACCACUCUGAGGUCUAAAAAAGUCAGAAAAGCAAGGCCAUAAUGGGAGGCACAUGGCGUCCCUGUUGAAUGAUCAUGUCGUGACCUCCAAAUACUCAAUAGUAAAUGAAGAGCAGAUUCUCCAGCGCCUGUGCAGUUGCUUUAGAAUUUAGUGCCCCCCCCGCCCCGCCCCGUGGUAGGCAGGGAGUCCUGGGUUUCUCUCCUGACAGAUGACAACACCCCCAACCCCAUGUACAGAGAGCGCAGGGGGCGGUGUCUGUAUGUACUCCUGAUGUUGAUGAACUAUAAAUAGGAAAUUUCAAGUUGACAGGUACCUUCUCAGGGAUUUAUAUAUAAACUUAGUUAGGAGCAAAGUUGAAGUAUAUUUUAAUAUUUUUUAGUAUUUGUGUGAAUUACAAUGAAAGUAGACAAAAGGAAUGUUUCUAAGACUAUGUCAGUGCUGCUGUUUCUGAGGGAGACACUUGGGAAUCGCCCCUCAGUUGAGAUUUCCUGGUUAUUGGACAACGGGGACCCUGGCAGCUGAGAUGGCUCUGGGGUGGGCAUGGAGUCACUCCAGUGCCUCUCAGUGGCCUCUUGUGGAUGGGAACCUUGUAUUUAUUUUACAAAAGUUCACCCCCUCUGGGAAUGGUGGUCUUUGUGAUCACAUAGGUGGGCUAUUUGCUGCUCGUACCGCCCUCCCAUCUGAUACUGGAGUGUGUGGUGUGAAAUGACUCAGUUUUCUACAUGCUCAUGUGGAUCAUGUGUGCCACAGCCAGACCAGCACCAAGCUGAGUGCUGGGAAGGAGGAAGGGAAGACUGGGAGAGCCCAUCUGGAAUGACCUGGGUGUCCUGUCUUGAGCUAUGCUAGGGACAUGCAGCACAGGACAUUGUGGACUUCUGCUUUUCUGACGUCCCUCCCAAUAGGCUGCGUGAGCCACCUCGGGAAUACAAAGACGGGAAACUGUGACACCUUUGUCAUCUCCACCGCAGGCCUUCCUAAGACUUGAGGCUCAUUUUGCCGAAAAGGAUAGAUUUCAUGAUGCCAGUUGGAAAAUGGGACUUGUGGGAAAUCCCGUGGGAAGGGUGCAGAAGGACCCUUCCAGGCUGCCUCUGCCCACUCUCUCCUGCUGUCAGUGGGUGACCAGGUCUCUGGAAGUCCAGUGUGAGCGGAGACAGGGCUGUUGUCUGUGAAACUGAAUCCCACGAGGUGGGGCCAGACCCUGGCCCUCCGGUGGAUGCGAAGCCUGCUGUCCCCAGGCAGAAGCCUGGGCACCGUGUUAUGAAGAAGAGCAUCCCUGAGAGGUAAAUAAAUGAGCCAGGACUAAGAAGGAGCUAUGAUUUGUCUCUCGCGGCCUCUGGCAAGAGCACCGUAUUUCCCCCCUGUCCACACUACACGAGGAGAGAAGACCACCUUUUCAUAAUUUUGCUAAGUUUGCUCUGUGAAAUGAGUUACAGCCCUGCUGUUCGUCACUGUUAUUUUUUUCCUCCAGGCUCACCUGGAGAUUCAUGCUUGCUCAUUUUUCCAUUCUAAUACAAUAUGGUUGUUCCUGACAGAAUUAAGAUUUAUCACAAACUAUUGGAGGCACAAAGUCACAACCAGUCCUUUAUGUGAUAAAAUGCUAGCACUUUUUCUUGUUUACAGUAUUGGGCAAGUGCCCAGGACCCUUUCUGUUCCGUGGCGGGGAGCUGUUCAGAUUCCGCACAGAAACCCUCAGGGCUGGUUCCCCUGGGCCCGGGCCUCGGUUCCCCCCGCAGCCGGCUUGCCUUAGCCCCGUCACAUCGGGCAGCUGCCGGGAGGGCCAGGGUCUUCUGGGGAAAGAAAGGAUGAAGGCGGAGCACAAUUGCUCCUUAUCAAACAACAAAGUCACGUUUAUGACGACAACUGGAAUUGGGUAGAACAUCAUCGCAACUGAGCUGCUGCUGGCCACAAAGCACCGCCAACAAGAACGGUUCCUCCUGAAACUCGGGCUGUUCCCUUCUCGAUCGAUCUCGCACCCCAAUGCCCCUAGAGCUUGUUUUGGGCUCCUGUGUGUGACUCUUGAGUCAGCUGCUCGCUUCUGUGCCCGUGAAUUCACAUUCCUUCAUUAACAUUUAAAAGGAGUGGCUAAAGAUCUACCUCUGGAGGAUUUUUGAAAGUAGAAAGCCCGACCACUACCUGGAUUGAUUAACUGAUUUUUGAGUGGCUCAGGUGAAUGCCAGAGCUGCAUACGCAACUCCCUCACUCUGUCCCAGCCUGAAGUAAGACCUGCGUGAAAGGUGUGGCCCCUGCGGCUCAAUGACAGCCCUCAGCAGCGAGCUGUGUCACAGUGGACAGUGCGUGAUAAGGGGUGAGUGCUCGCGCCCACACCCACGUGAGACCUGAAAUGAGACCUGGCUUUCUGCUCACAAAGGUGACUGCCGCUGUGGCUUCGCUGUGUCUCCCAGGGAAUGUCAGGUGUGACCUGCUUGGACGGUGUGUAUUCAGAAGGACUGCAAGCCAAAGGUCACUGUGAGGGCUCCAGCCAAUGCGACGUGACACAGCCAGCAUGCCAUGAUGCAGGUCUUUUUCUUGAGAGGUGGUGUUUGUCCAGGGGACUUACAUCAGAGCUCCUUGGUGAGGUUCUGUAGCCAGGUCUGGGUCUCUCUGCCCUUGAGAAACAUCCUGGACAUGGAGAGGCCCCAGGCUGGAGAGGACUCUGCCUGGAGAGCCCUGCUAGGCAUUCAGCCACGGCUAAUGCAUGGGGGCCGACUCCCCUGAAGAUUGGCACCAGGUUAACCAUAGAAUCCACCCUUAAGAAGUGCUAAGAUUUUCCCAAACCUGCCCAAGUGUUAGAUACUCUAAUCAAAGGUAAUAACAUCAUUUGAGUUUGGGGAGACAUUGUUUCAUCACGAUGCAACCCCUUUAUAUUGUUUUUAUGGACCAUGUAGAAUGGAAACCAAACUGAGGCCGCCCUCCCAGGUGGAGCGGGGCAGAUGUUGACCUGCUGUCGGCGAAGUUCUGGGGGGUCCCGUGGGAGCACUUUAACGCCAGUUCGGGAGCAGGAGUUCGGAAGCUGGUUUGCAGCUGCACAGUUCUGUCAAGUCUGAUGAGAACCAUACAGGGAAGCUGUACACCCAUACUUGCUACCAGCAGCCCUGAGAGCCUUUGGGACAUCCUGAGGAAUUUGAAUAACACACCCCAUUCAGAUAAACAAAACUAAUCUCAUUAAAAUUCUCUUCACUCAAACCAUCGUGCCCGGCGUUCAUCGGGUGUCCGAGGGUGUGCGUGCAGACUUCUGCACAGGGCGCCCGGGUUUCAGUGGUGUUUGACCUUGAUAUAAGCUCUGUGUUCUGAAUGUGAUGCUGUUUUCAUCGUCGUUUCUGAAAAUCUGGCAGGUUUCUGGAAAUUGUAAAAACGUUUAGUCCAGACACAAUUCUGUAAAUAUCGUCGUGCUUUAUUUCGAAGUGAGAGUUUUUUGUUAGUUUCUAAAAGGUAUUUUCCUAUUUAGACCUCAGGGCUAUUUUGGGGCCUACAAAUCAAUGUGACCCCCAAUGGCGUCAGUUUUUGAUAUCCAAAAGGUUAAUAAUCUUUAAGUUAAAUAUAAUAUAUUAUUCAGCAAAAAGAACGUGACUUUUUUUUUAACUUCUAACAGAUUCUGUACUUAAUUUUAGAAAGUGUAGAGAAAAAGAUGUGAUCAUAUAAACAUAUGGGGAAAUUGUGGCUACAAAGUUAAAAAUUAUUUGUGAAAUAAACAUUCUUAUGCUACAAAAAUGUGAUAUUUGAAUAAGCCUAAGUAUGUAUACAUUAGAAAAUGAAACAAUGAAAUAUACGAAUCUCUUUAAUGUCACUUAUUUUGAUUGAAAUAAAUGUGCACUUUCUUCUGA